AUGGAUAGCGAUGAGUAUAAAAAAGAAGUUGAAGCAAAUGUAAAGGCAGAAAAACUUUUACAGUUGCAAAACCAAACCGUACAGUAUGAAAACUUAGCACAAGAAAGUAAAAAUAACGACGCAGCCAUGCAAAAGGCAAUGAAAAGCGCAGAAUAUAUAAAAGCUAACAAUGACUGGUUAGAUGCCCAAGCCAACGCUAAAGCAGCUCAACUUAUAGGGUCAAUAAGGACAAAAAUACAAGCGGAUGAAGACAGUUCAAAUGAAGCUUUAACGAAUGCUGACUUUAAGAACGCCUUCGAAGCUCUUCAUAGUAAGGUGAAACUAGUGAACGACUUCUCAUCUGGAAAGAAACUGAAGUCUGAAGGUUUCGACAAAGAGUUAAAAGAAGUAGCACAAAAUAUGACGAAAAUAACAGAUGCAGCAACGAGACAGGCAGUUCAAAGCGCCUAUGACGCCGUUAGAGCAACUGUUGUGGAAAGUCAAGAAAAAGAGUUACAACAGACCAAAACAGACCUAGUAAAUGCUUUCUUAAGAACGAAAAGUCAGGUAGGACAUUAUGCUGCAGAUGGAACAUAUGUGCCAGCUGGUGGAACUUAUAUACCACCAAACCCUCCAAGAGAAGCACCUGCACCAGGACUACCUAAAACAUUUACAUCGUCACAUGGACACAGACACAGGCAUGCACCAAAACCAACACAACAACCAACACAACAACCAGCACAACAACCACCUCCACAACCAGCACAGCAACCAACAGUUCAAAACCCUGCACAGCAACCACAAACAGCACAACAACCACCUCCACAACCAGCACAGCAACCACAAACAGAGCAAGGACAUAAAAGAAGUAGAGAACAAGGAAACCAAGAAUUCUUAAAAAUGCUUAAGGAAGACUAUGGUUACCCAGAUACUCUUGACUUUAGUGACAGAUAUAAAGAAGCUAUUAGAAAGUUCAAGGAAGGAAAUACUGACCCGAACCUAUUUAGCUUUAUGGCUCAGCACCAUAUGGGAUAUAAUUUCAAACCUGGAAAAUACAAACUCGCUAAGGGAUAUGAUUUAAUAGCAUAUCAUCCAAAUGACAUGAACGAAUUUACUCCGAGAUAUUUGGUGUCAGAGCUAAAUGACAAUUCAACUCUCUUCAUGAAACGCGUAAAAAAUAGAGACGGAACGAAAGAAGAAAGGUUUAUGAGUCCGGAUGACUUAGAUAGGGAACUUGUUGAAAACGGUCUCGGAAUAUAUGAAAUGCCAGCAGAUGAGGUACAAGAAACUCAACAGGAAGAAGUUCAGAUACAACCAGACAUGGAAGAAAUAGUUCAGCAACAACAGCUAGAAGAGCCUGAAGGAAACGAACAAGUCCCUCAUUUGGAAACUAACUUCACAGAACUAGAUGAAGAUUUGGAACAGCCGAAAAAUCUUGACCCUCAACAAGAGUAUGAGGAGAAUAUGGAAUCUUUCCAAGAGUCUAAAAAAAAUUCGGCUGGCAUAGUAGAAGAAUAUCGAAAAAUGUUUGCCGACAUACAAAAGACUCCAACACCAGAUGAAAAUAUUCAGCAUAGAAUGGAAG